AUGGAGGUAUUGUUGUUCCGCUUGAUAGCCAUCCUUGUGACCGUCAACAUGAUCCAUUGCCAAACGGCUUGCGACAGAGAGGCUUCACUUAAAUGGCACCUUCAACAACACACCAUCCAGAUGAAUUGGACUCUCGUAGGAAACAUCUGCGGCAGUGUUUCAGAGUGUUGGGGGUCUCAGGGGGCCGAGGAGUCAACCGGGCACUCUUUCAACUUCCCUCAAAUGUGCCCUCUUCAGCUGCAGCACGGAGACAAACUGCUGAUGUCGGCUGACGACACACUGAAGACCUACGGCGUCCAACUCCUCAACGUGUCGAGAGAAAACUUUGAGAGCUGUUCGGCAAAAGGAGACGUUAAAGAUCAGCAGCUUUUCCCCCACGAUCUUAAGGAGAGUGAGCAAGUAGGGGCCAAGUGGCUCGUCCCGGGUCGUCAUUACUUCAUCGCGCUGCACGGGGGAGAUGUGCAGCUGUGCAGGCUCGGUCUGAGGCUCAACGUGUCGGUGAAGACACAGCUCUGUCAGGCCUCCCCUCUGCUGCGACUUUGUUCGGGGAGCGGCGUAUGUCAGACGUCCCUCUGGGAAGGUGCAUAUCACUGUCGAUGCCGCCACCACUACUCGGGGAGGUUUUGUGAAAAGUCUGAUGCGUGUUUGGAUAACCCCUGUGAAAACAAAGGAGUGUGUUUGAGCAAUGGAUCUACAGAUCCAACCCACAGAACGUAUAAAUGUCUGUGUCCUCCACAUUUUACAGGGGUUAACUGCUCCGAAGUCGUUGGCAAAGAAAACUGUGACAGAAUAUGUGAAAAUGGGAAAUGUGCCAAAGUGUCGACCACCUCCUUCAAAUGUGUCUGUGACUCGGGAUUCUCAGGCCCGCCGUGUGAGAAGAGAAGAGCCCCCUGUGAUCCAAAUCCAUGCAGGAACGAGAGUGACUCUGAGUGUGUCUGUGCAGAUGGGACCGUGGCCCCGGUGUGCAGGAGGCGGCGGAACCUGUGCAGCCCGUCACCAUGUCUCAACAAUGGCACCUGUGUGUCCGGGGGAAACGAUUAUGCAUGCAGAUGUCUGCGAGGCUUCUCCGGGAAGAAUUGUGAAGAAAUAAUUGACUACUGCGGGCUGCUCAAUAUCAACUGCCUAAAUGAGGGAUUGUGCUUGAGGGUAAUUGGCGGAUAUCAGUGUGUUUGUGCCCCCGGAUGGAUUGGAGAGUUUUGUCAGUAUGUAGGUGAUGCCUGCCUGAUAAAACCAAACAGCUGCUUGAAUGGAGCCACAUGCAUUACAACGAGUCAGCCUUCCUCUCCCCCGCAACUCACCUGCAAGUGCCCCCUCGGCUUCACAGGGACGAACUGUGAGAUUGACAUCAACGGGUGUGACUCCAGCCCCUGUCAGCACAAUGGAACAUGCUCUGACCUGCGUGGCCACUACCAGUGCCAAUGUCCUACAGGCUUUUUGGGAAGGAAUUGUGAAGUUGACAUCGACGCUUGUGCUCUACCCAACAACACUUGUCCACCAAAUACUCAGUGUUUGGAUCUCCCAUCUGGCCUUGAAUUCACCUGCCGUGUACCCUGUCCUCAAAACCUCCAACCAUGUGCCAACGGAGGACGCUGCGUGCUGAAUAACGCCAGCAAAUACACCUGCAUAUGUGCACCUGGUUGGACCGGUCAGAACUGCCGUAUAAAUGUCAAUGAUUGUGUUCAGCAUUGGUGUCAGAACGGAGGUUCCUGUGUGGACGAGAUUGACGGCUACAGCUGCCUUUGCCCCAGAGGAUACACAGGCGUCUACUGCGAGGAGGACAUUGAUUACUGUGUUGGUCAUCGCUGCUCUGAGCACGGUGUCUGCGUGAACCAGCGGAGUAACUUUGCCUGCCGCUGCACGCUCGGAUAUGAAGGAUCGCUCUGUGAACUGGAAACAAAUGAGUGCAACAGCUUCCCCUGCGCGGGCGGCGCCACCUGUGUGGACCUAAUCAGUGAUUAUCGGUGCCACUGUCCCCCGGGGUUUGAGGGACGGGCCUGCUCCUUGAAUGUAAAUGAUUGCUGGUCGCAGCCUUGUCUAAAUGGAGGCUCGUGUAUAGAUCUGAUAAAUGACUACAUUUGUCAUUGUCCGCUGGGGUUCAAGGGGAAAGAUUGCGCCGUGGACAUUGACCUUUGUUCGUUUGGAUUGUGCAGCGAACAUACGUUAAUAUGCUCUGAGACCAAGGAUGGACAGAACGUCUCUUGCAUUUGUAAAAGUGGGUUUUCAGGGUCGUUUUGUGAAGUAAAUCUCAACGAGUGCAAGUCCAAGCCAUGCCAGAACGGUGGGAUUUGUGUGGACGGGAUUGACCAGUAUCAGUGCUUCUGCUCGGAGGGCUUUGGGGGGUUGAACUGUGAAAUCAACUAUGAUGAAUGUGUCCACGGAUACUGCGCCAAUAACUCCACAUGUAUUGACCUGGUUGCGGACUAUGAGUGCAUCUGUCCUUCGGGCUUUUCUGGUAAGAAUUGCUCGACGCCUGUUUCUGCAUGUGCGUCAGAUGUCGACUUCUGCAAAAAUGGAGGGACCUGCACCCACGACCAAGCUGGUGAAACUCGCUGUAUUUGCCUUCCAGGAUACCGCGGUGAAGACUGCUCCUCAUCUGUGAACGUCUGCGUGUCAAAUCCGUGCGACCCCGAGGGGACCCUCCUCUGUGAAGAGCUGGCAAAUACUCACAGAUGUGUGUGUCAACGUGGCUACACCGGGCUGCACUGCAAAACACCCAUAAGCCACUGUGUUGAUGGCCUGUGUCAACACGGUUCAGCGUGUGUGAAUCUAUCAAGAGGGUUCAAGUGUGAUUGUUUACCGGGUUUAACAGGCCAGUUCUGUGAGAUAAACAUUGACGAUUGUGAAGAAAAGCCGUGCGGCGUCCUGAGCAUUUGUAAAGACAUCCUGAAUGGCUACAAUUGCUUCUGUGCUCCUGGAUUUAUUGGAAAUAGCUGCGAGAUUGAAGUGAAUGAAUGUCUCAGCCAGCCUUGUGGAAACGGAGGCAGCUGCAUUGAUGAGCUCGACUCAUUCAGCUGCAAGUGUCCCCUUGGAAUAACAGGGACCCUCUGUGAAGUCAACAUGGACGAGUGCAUGUCCUCACCCUGUCUACACAACGCCACGUGUGUCGACCUUGUCCACGGCUUCCGGUGUGUUUGCGUGCCCGGCUUUACCGGUACAAAGUGCGAGCUUGACAUUGAUGAGUGCGCUUCAUCUCCCUGCAAGAACGGAGCCACUUGCAUUGACCAGCCCGGUAAUUACUUCUGCCAAUGUGUGGCUCCAUUUAAAGGUCAUAAUUGUGAGUUCCUACCCUGCGAGGCCAGUAAUCCGUGCGAGAACGGUGCAGUGUGUGUGGAGGAGAUGGAUCAGGACCAUUUCCCCCUGGGUUUCCGCUGUCACUGUCGCCGGGGCUUCACUGGCCCCCGCUGUGAAAUCAACGUGGAUGAGUGCAGCUCCAGCCCCUGUUUUCACGGCUUCUGCUAUGAUGUUGUCGACGGCUUUUACUGCCUUUGCAAUCCGGGAUACGCUGGGCCGAGAUGUGAGCAAGACAUUGACGACUGCGUGCACAGUUUGUGCAGCUCCAACUCCGUGUGUAAGGACCUCCAUCUGAGUUACGAGUGUGUGUGUCAUCCCGGCUGGGAGGGGGAGUUCUGCCAACGAGAAAUUGAUGAAUGUUUAUCGCAGCCCUGCAAAAACAACGCCACCUGCACAGACCUUCUCAACGGCUACAAGUGUCUGUGCUCGCCCGGCUGGACAGCUGUGGACUGUGCGGAGGAUGUGAAUGAGUGUGAUUCGGGGCCCUGUCUAAAUGGAGCUCGGUGUCAGGAGUCAGACGUACCUGGGGAGUUCUCCUGCACCUGUCCCCCCUUCUUCACGGGCCCCCUGUGCAACCAGCCUUAUGACCCCUGUGACCCCCUCCACAAUCCCUGCCUGAACAACUCCACCUGCCUGACACGCUCCACUGGAACAGCCUUCUGCAGAUGCCCAGCUGGAUUUGAAGGAAGUUGGUGUGAAAUUGACACCAAUGAGUGCAGCUCAAAUCCAUGCCAGAACCAAGGCCACUGUGCGGACCGGGUCAACAGUUACAGCUGUGAUUGUAAAGUGGGAUUCUCUGGCCUUUACUGUGAAGAAGACAUCAAUGAGUGCGCCUCUAGCCCCUGCCACAACGCUGCUAUUUGUCGAGACCUUGUGAACGAGUUCCGCUGCGUUUGCCCUCCUGGUUAUUUUGGAACGCUGUGUGACCUGGAUGUGAAUGAGUGUGAAGUUUCACCUUGCCUACACGAGGGCAUCUGUAUCAACACGCCCGGGGGCUUCGAGUGUGCCUGUCGCCCUGGAUACUCAGGGGCACGGUGUGACGUCGACAUCGACGAGUGCUUUUCAGACCCAUGCCAAAAUAGGGGGAGCUGUAUUGACGCUCCUAAUCGAUUCCACUGCUUGUGUCCUGUUGGCUUCGCCGGGCUCCACUGUGAAACCAACAUUGAUGAAUGCAUGUCAGCGCCUUGUCUCCACGGGAGCUGUGAGGAUGGAAUAUACUCAUACUCGUGUCUCUGUGAGUCUGGAUGGACCGGCAGCAGAUGUGAAACAAACAUUGAUGACUGUGCAUCGGGCCCCUGUUUGAAUAGCGGCUCAUGUGUGGACCUCAUUGAUAAAUAUGCAUGCUUCUGUCAGGAUGGAUACACCGGGAAAACUUGCGAGACCGACGUAGACGUCUGCAGAGAGGCCGCUUUUAACGUCUCGCUGUGUUUCAAUGGAGCCACCUGCAUGGACGGUGAAGGAUCCAACUUCACAUGCAGCUGUCCACCAGGUUUCAUGGGGGACUUCUGUGAAGUGGAUGUUAACGAAUGUUGCUCGGCGCCCUGCCUCAACGGAGCCAUUUGCCAAGAUCUUAUUAAUAGCUACGUCUGCCACUGCAGGUCAGGUUGGACAGGCCUUCACUGUGAGGAUGACAUUAAUGAGUGCCUUCCUCAGCCCUGCAACCAGGGGAUCUGCAUUCAGAAUGAUCCGGGCUACGGCUACACCUGUUUCUGUCGUCCUGGAUUUGUGGGGAGGAACUGCGAGCACAACUAUGACGACUGCCUGUUGAGUCCAUGUCCAGAGGCGUUUUCCUGUGUAGAUGGCAUCAACAAGGUCAGCUGCCUGCCUCCCGUUACCGAGGCUGUUCCCUUGGCGACCGUGCUCAAGAACAUCACUCGCGGCUCCACACCUAGAGCUCCGGCGCCAACACUCAGCCCGGCUCUGACAGCUGAGCAAUCUGCAGAUUCAAGCUUUGUUCAGUACUUUGGGAAUUCCUACCUGGAGUUUGAGGGAAUCGACCUGAGUGAACUCAAUAAUAUCACAGUGAGAUUUCAAACUGAAGCAGCGCAAGGGACUUUGCUGUACGUGGACCAAGGACCUGCAAAUGGAGAUUUCUUUUUCAUGAAACUCUUCAUCCUGGAUGGAAUCUUGCAGUAUACCUUCAGCUGUAAUGAGGAGGAAGAGGUGAAACGGAUCACCACCUCGAUUCAUGUUGAUGAUGCCAAGGUUCACAUUGUUAACAUCAGACAACAUCUUACCCCUUGUGAAGCGCAGCUCACUCUCUCUGGUCAUGAGAAAAUCAAAAGCACAGCAAGCAAUUACUGGCUCGGAGACAUGAUAAAAAGAACAAACCACAUCUUCACAGGCGGUCUGCCUCAACGAUAUCGACCCAAUCAGAGAGCCAAGCCUUUCCACAACCACACCGGCUGCAUUGAGAUCAUUGAAAUGAAUAAAAGGAGGAGCUUUUACACGUCUGACGCAAUAUCUGGAAGUAACAUCGGCCGAUGCAGUUUGCAGGCCACAGAAGCCUCCACACCACCUUUGCCAAGUUUGACAACUCCAUCAACCGCCGCCAACACAGCGAACGAGACAGCAAAGGCAGCUCCCACGCAGACACCAAAACAUCCUCUGCAAGCACCUCGACUUUGCCACGAGGGUCUUUGCCGAAACGGAGGAACAUGUCAUCAGCUGCAGAUGUCUGCGGGGCCUCUGCCGCUCUGUCACUGCCCGCUUCACUUUACUGGAACUUUUUGUGAAAAAGAUGCCACAGUGUACAUACCCUCGUUCGAUGGCACAUCUUAUUUGGAGCUGCAGCCACUUGCAUCUUUUCUCCGGCCUUCUGGUGCCAGAAAUGAUCUACCUGCUUCUGUCGAGGACGCCACAGUUACUCUCUAUUUGACGGUGAAAACAAGAUCAGCACAGGGCACCAUCCUCUACACUCAGGAGCAGAACUUUGGGGAGCAGUUCCUCCACGUGUUCCUGCAGGACGGAUGUCCCGCUGCUAACCUUGGGUGUGGUGGCGGCCAUAUCUUGAAUGUGGCUACAGUCCAGAACAUCAAUAAUAACAGAUGGACACCAGUCACAAUCAGAUACAAUCUGCCUGUUGGCAAACGAGGAGGGUCGUGUAUGAUUGAAAUGGCAGCAGAUAAUGGCACAGCUCAGCGGCACCAGGAGUUGGUGUCACAGCCCAUGUCAGAGGGAACCUUUGGACCCAUAUUUCUCGGGGAUGUUUCGUCCCACUGGGAGAUGCACAACAGGAGUGCGAGAGGAGCGAGGAGAUUCAUUGGCUGCAUCAGGGAACUUCAGGUCAACUCAAAGGAGAUUUACCUGAUGGGGGAAGCAGUGAGAGGGAGAAACAUCAAGAACUGUGACCCGCCUGUCUGCCAACACCUUCCCUGUCGGAAUGGAGGAACGUGCAUCAGCGAUGCCGAGGACUGGUUCUGCGAGUGCCCGCCGCUCUACACGGGCCGCCUAUGCCAGUUCAACGCCUGCGAGCGCAACCCCUGCGGACACGGAGCCACAUGCAUCCCCAAGUCGCCGCUGGAGGCUGUGUGCCUUUGCCCUUAUGGAAGACAAGGUCUACUGUGUGAUGAACCCAUCAAUAUAACUCGUGCCAGAUUCAGCGGAACAGACGAGUUCGGUUACACGUCCUUUGUGGCUUACUCCUCCAUCCCCAGCCUCGGUUUCUUCUACGAGUUCAAGCUGAAGUUCACCCUCGCCGAUAACUCAUCUGCUGCGAAAGACAACCUGAUGCUGUUCGCUGGGCAUAAAGGACGAGGCAACGACGGUGAUGACUUCCUGGUUUUGGGGUUACGAAACGGAAGAGUUUUGCACAAAUUCAACCUCGGAUCAGGUGUAGCAACCAUCGUCAGCGAUCGACUCAACCCGCGGAUCAGCAUCCACACCGUUAUAUUUGGAAGGUCCAAGAGAACAGGGUGGCUGAAGGUUGAUGGACAACGGAACCGAACAGGAUCAUCUCCAGGACCCCUGGUGGGCCUCAAUGUUUUCAACCAGCUCUUUGUGGGAGGAUAUAAUGAGUACACCCCUGAACUGCUGCCACUUGGCUCCAGGUUCCGCUACGGCUUUCAGGGGUGCAUUUUUGAUGUGCAGUUUUCCACAAGGAGGGACAGGAAGUUCCAGGUACUGGGACAGCCUGCGGGACAUGCAGCCUUCGGGCGAAGCGUGGGUCAGUGUGGAGUCACACCAUGUGUUCAUGUUCACUGCAGGAACGGAGGGACGUGUGUGGACUCUGGCUCAUCUGUGUAUUGCCAGUGCCCAUUAGGAUGGAAGGGAGCGCUCUGCUCUGAGACCGUGUCUGUGUGCGACGUCGAGCACAGUCCCCCUCCUCUGUGUGCCCCCGGCUCCACCUGCAUCCCUCUGCCUGAUGGUUACACCUGCCAGUGCCCCCUGGGGACCGCAGGACUCUACUGCGAGAAAGCUGUGACCAUCAGUGAUCCGUUCUUCAGCGGCAACCAGUCGUCAUGGUUGUCAUUCCCUCCCAUGAGUAUCAGACACAGGACUGUGAUAGAGCUGCAGUUCCAGCCUUUAUCACCAGAUGGCAUCCUCGUCUACACUGCACAACAUCUCAGUGCCAGAGCAGGAGACUUUUUCUGCCUCUCCUUGUCAUCUGGAUUUGUGCAGCUGCGGUAUAACCUGGGAGACGGGACCCGUGUCCUGCAGACUGCCGACAAAGUGGACUCACGCGGGAGGACGUGGCACACGGUGAAGGCCGGCCGCUUUGGUCUCCGAGGCUUCCUCAGUCUGGACGAUGAGGAGGUCAGAGGGAACGGGACAGAAGGGAUGACCACCCUGGACGUUGCCACCGACAUCUUCAUCGGCGGGGUGUCCACUCUGAGCUCGGUGUCCACGGACGCAACAGAACGGGAGCCGACUGGUUUCACCGGGGGUUUCAGAGAACUCGUGAUUAACGGUCAGGAGUUAGAGUUGACAGAGACGGGGGCGGUGAGUGGAGCUAAUGUAGGGGACUGGGACGGGACUGCGUGCGGGUACAAGGUGUGCCAAAACGGCGGGCGCUGCUUGCCGUUAGGAGGUAACUCGUUCUCUUGUGUGUGUCCGCUGCCGUGGACCGGCUCUGCGUGCAACCAGUCUAUAAACUGCGUUAACAACAACUGCAAACACGGUUCCAUAUGUUCCCCAUCCAACGACUUCUCAUACAGCUGCGUCUGCCCGUUAGGAUGGGGAGGGAGGUACUGCGACGCCGAAGUAACCGCAGACACGCUGAAGUUUGUGGGGAACUCGUACGUUAAAUACUCGGACCCGAGACACAACACGAGGAAUCUGAAAUACGCGCAGGUUUCUUUUAGCUUCCGCUCGAGCUCCAAUGACAGUUUGAUCAUAUGGAUGGGAAAGGCGGAACAGGAAGACGACGACUACCUCGCGGUCGGGCUCGAAAGAGGACGACUCAAAGUAGCGGUGAAUCUCGGGGAGAGAUUGCUGCGCCCGGUGACUUUCAAGAACGUUUCACUCUGCUGCAACAAGUGGCACAACGUGUCCGUGUCUUUAAACAGCACCGUCAUCCAGGCGUUCCUCGACAACAGGAGGGUCGUCUUUGAAGAUAUGGACCCGUUCGAGCGCUACGUCGCCUUAAACUACGGCGGCCGGCUUUACUUGGGAGGAUUUGAAUUGCAGAGGAACGUUUCAACCGUCACCUCUGGGUUGUUUUCAAAAGGCUUCGAAGGAAAUCUCAGAAACGUUUAUUUGUUUAAAGACACAAAGCCGCUGCUGCUUCUUCAGAAUAGUGAGGGUUUUAAUGUUUAUCCAGGAAAUGCUUAGUGGUGAAUGUUUUCAGUCUGU